AUGGUUGCACCCAGCGUAGCACAAUCCCUCGAAGCCAGCGCGAGCCCCGGCCCCGUAAAACCUCCGGCGCCAGCGUCGCUCCACAUUCAACAGCACCAUGGUCUCUCGGGCGGCCGUUUCAACCCAACGCACCUCCAUCUGGUCGACAGCGAUGGUCGUGAGGUGGAAUGGCAGUCCCGACGCGCUAGGAAGCGCAGGUACGCCGCCAAGUCGCACCACAUUGGGCAAAAUGGCCAUGUCGUAGAAGGCAUCGCGCUGCGCGUGCAAAGUCUCGGGGACCAGCUCAAGCCACAUCUCAUGUACGACGUGAGCUUUUGGAUCGCCGUGUGGUUCACUCUUGGCUCCACGGUUUGGGUGAUCAAUGGCUUUCUCACGUGGCUGCCUUUUAUUUAUCCGUCCGUUGGAACCGACAGGAAUGCGCACACUGCUGCCGGGCUUGCCUUUCUCGGUGGAACAAUCUUCAACAUUGGUUCAUACUUGAUGGUCGUAGAAGCUCUUGACCGUGGUCGAGAGACACAGUUUGGGACUGCGCUCGGGCGUCUUCUUCACGACAUUGCCCAUCCGACGGAGAUGAAAGAUGCAGAGAGUGGCUUUACCACACCGUCUGACAAAAAUCUUGUGGGGCCAGACGCGGCACGAGGCUUUGCUUGGUGGGGCAAGCCCUUGUGGCACGAGUUUGGCUAUGAUGCGACGUGGUCCGAGAGCGGCAAGAAGCACCACCCGCUAAUGCAAAAGGCACUCGUGCAACUCUGCGCAGCCUGUACAUUCUGGAUCGCGACCUUAACCGGGCUGCCGGGUGUGAUUCCGGGCCUAUUCGAUGGCGAGCAUGUGGUCAUUGGCGAUGUGUUCUUCUGGAGUCCCCAAGUCAUUGGUGGAUCAGGUUUUGUGAUCUCCAGCGCAAUUCUCAUGAUCGAGGUCCAGCACCACUGGUGGCAGCCACGUCCGCUUGAUAUUGGAUGGCAAGUUGGUGUCUGGAACCUUGUCGGUGCCCUUGGUUUCCUUCUAUGUGGCGCCCUUGGGUACUCGAAGAACAGCAGGAUGGAGUACGAGUCCGCCCUAGCCACCUUCUGGGGUAGCUGGGCGUUCUUGAUUGGCAGCUGCUGCCAAGUGUGGGAAGUGGUUUGGCGCGAGCCGCCACAGUCAUGA